AGUACGAGCAGCGGUCGCAGGCGUCGAACGUACAAGAGCAACCACGUGUUGAGAAACAGAGGCUCGUACUCUCGACGUUCAAGAGAACCAACCCCGACGCUUGGCUGAACAGGGCGGUGCAGUUCUUCGACUUAAAUGAGAUGCUGCAACGUGACUGGGUUCGGUAUGCCGCGUACUAUUUAGAUAGUGAGGCCAACGUGUGGUGGCAGUGGCUCACGCGCGUGUAUCGCGGGCGACAACAACCAAUCCGUUGGGAAGAUUUUGAACGCGAGCUCCUUAUGCGUUUUGGGAACUCAGACUAUAUUAACCACGAUGAGGCGCUGACUCGGAUCCGGCAGACAGGGAGUGUACGUGACUACCAAAAGGAGUUCGAGAGAUUGGCGUGCCGGGUUCGCGGGUGGCCAGAGAGUGCGCUUGUUGGCGCGUUUGUUGGAGGGCUUAGGUAUGAUCUCGCGGCCGAAGUGCGAUUGGAGAGGCCAAAUACCAUGCACAAGUCCAUGGAGGUUGCUAGGAGACGGGAGGAUCACUUGGCCGCGACUCGAAGGGGACGGGCGGAGUUUCGUGUCCCGGAGCCACGGCGUGUGCCGGCAACCGUGGGCGCACCUAGUGCAAACACGAGGCUGCCGGGCACCUUUAGACCACCAGCAACCAAGGUGAAUAGGCUGACGGAGGAGGAGAUGGCGCGGAGACGUGAGACGGGGUUGUGUUUCCGGUGCGAGGAAAAGUACACGCCGGGACAUCGGUGCAAGCAGAAUUUCUUGAUCGAGUUCGUGGACUCGGAUGACGAGGAGUCGGUGAUAGAGGAAGAACGGGAUGUGGAGUUCGAGGUGCUCAAUGACGAGGCCGAGAUCUCAGUCCAUGCGAUGGUGGGCACUAAAGGCCUGAGGACUAUGAAGUUGCCGGCGUGGUUGAAGGAUCGGCGGGUUACAGUACUCGUUGACAACGGGUCGUCACACAAUUUCAUUAAUGCGACUCUUUCUCACAAACUCAAGUUGCCCACAUCCACGAUUGAUCCGUUCGAGGUUAGGGUGGCAAAUGGCGAGCGCUUGCGGUGCUCGGAGAUGUACCGGGGCGUGCCGAUAGAGUUUCAAGGAGUGACGGUGAAGGCAGAUUUAUUUGCCUUGCCUUUGGUGGGGCCAGAUGUGGUGCUUGGGGUGCAGUGGCUCGAGGGACUCGGAGAUGUGACGACUAAUUACCGGAAAGGUGUGAUGAAGUUCGAGGCCG